UUGACCGAUGUCGAACAGUCCGAGUUCUCCGAGCAGUUCCGUGGGAAUCACGGAUGCUUCGUCCUCCAUGAGUGUGCCCUUGCCUUCACCUUCGAUGGAAGCCGCGGGCUCCAUGGUGUUGUCACCGUAUCAAGGAAUGCAAGGAUAUACAUCCGCGACACCAGCCUUCACUCCCCUCGCGAGUCCCUUGACUCAUCCAUCUCCUGGCCCGUCGUCGUCACAGGUGUAUUCCGCGUCAGGGGCAGGCUCGAAGCAUACAAGUAGCGCUGAAGACGACCUUAGCCUCAAGUUGAGCUCCAUCAUGAAGGCCCUGGAUGCUUGCGUAUACCUCGUUCGCAACUUCAACGGCGAUCAACAAGUUCAAAUGCAGAAAGCGGUGCACACGUAUGUCCAACGUCUUGCCGAGCUCAACCUGCAUCUUCAACACAUGCCCCUGAACCACGUACGUCCUUUCAUGAUGUUCGAACCGACUGGACGUGUCCCCUCAGGCCAUUCCGCGGGCCCUGAUGGCCUUUCUGGACAAAGUACCCAUGGAGAACCCAGAGAUAUGGACGUUAAAGCAACUGGAACAGUGUGCAGCGGACGCAGCGGCCUUGCGGGGAAAGCUACAGGCGCUGCAGUUGUUGCGCCAGGAGCUCCGCACAGGCCUCGGCCUCGAUCCUUGAGAGGCGACAAAAGUCAUACAGUAUUGUCAAGUCAAUUCAAAAUUCAGAACACUAACCAAGUGGCCAAUCAAAUUCACUCUUCAACCAUUUCAACAUAGAAUUAGUGUGUGAAUUAAAUUAGUGUGAUA